GCUUCAAUACACGGGGUUUAGCACGAGAGGAAGCAGCGGUGGGUUUAUUUCCCCACCAGCAGCAGCACUCGGCUCGACAGGCAACCGCCUUCUAGCCGCUGCAGCUGGCUGUGAUAAACCCUUGCUGACCCGCAAACUGACGUCCUUCUCCUUCUCCAGCAGUUCCCGCCCUCCCAAAGACUUGGAUGCAGAGAGGGAUGGGCAGGGGCACGGGCAGCAGCAGGGGCAGGGGCAGAGGCAGGUUGAGGUGCAGGCGGUGAGGGGAACGCAGGGGAUGGGGGAGGAGGCGCAGGGGGGUGGGGAACAGCGGCAGGGGCCGAGGAGAGCGGUUGUGAGCGGUGCUGGAAAGGGGAAGGAGGUGGGGGGUUUGGAGGGAGGAGAGGGAGAGGAGGAGGUGGAGAGCGGGAGUGGGGGAGAGAGUGGGAUUGAGAGUGGUCUUGAGAGUGGUCUUGAGAGUGGUCUUGAGAGUGGUCUUGAGAGUGGGCUUGAAAGUGGGAUCGAGAGCGGGAGUGAGAGCGGGAACGAGAGUGGGAGUGAGGGAGCGAGUGGGAGAGGGGCAGGGAGCGGCAAUGGGGCGGUGGUGGUGGCAGGGGCAGCGGGCAAGGUGGAGGAGGUGGAGCUGCAUGAGGAGGCGGUGCAGUCGUAUGUGUCGUAUGCCAUGUCCGUCAUUGUCGGCCGCGCCCUGCCUGACGCCAGGGAUGGACUCAAACCCGUGCAUCGGCGCAUCCUCUAUGCCAUGCACGAGUUGGGCCUGGCGUCAUCCAAGCCUUUCCGCAAAUCAGCCAGAGUUGUGGGAGAGGUGCUGGGUCGAUUCCACCCUCACGGCGACACGGCAGUGUACGAUGCCCUCGUGCGCAUGGCGCAGGACUUCUCUCUCCGCGCUCCACUCGUGCACGGGCACGGCAACUUUGGGUCUGUGGAUGCUGACCCUGCUGCUGCCAUGCGCUACACUGAGUGCCGCCUGCAGCCCCUCACGGAGAAGAUGCUUCUUGAAGACAUUCUCAGCGACACAGUUAACUUUUCGCCCAACUUCGAUGCAUCAACCAAUGAGCCAACAGUGCUUCCCGCGCGAAUCCCCGUGCUUCUGCUCAACGGCUCUCAAGGGAUCGCGGUGGGCAUGGCCACCAACAUCCCACCUCACAACCUGUCCGAGCUCGUCGACGCGCUCUCAGCGUUCAUAGACAACCCCGCCAUCACCACCGACGAGCUCAUGCAGAUCUGUCAAGGCCCGGACUUCCCCACUGGGGGAGUCAUUCUGGGCACGUCAGGCAUGGAGGAGGCAUACCGCACGUGGAGGGGGUCCAUAGUGCAUGGAGGAAGCGUAUCGCACCGGGAGGGGGUCGAUCGUGGUGCGGGGGAGGGCGUAUGUGGAGGAGCUGGGCGGAAUGUUCUAGGUGCCUCAGAGAUAGAUUUUGGUGUCCCUUCUUCUCCCCCCCCGAGCAGCAUGGAGGAGGCAUACCGGACGGGGAGGGGGUCGAUCGUGGUGCGGGGGAGGGCGUAUGUGGAGGAGCUGGGCGGAGGGGGAGCGGGGAGCAGAGGCAACCGGAUUGGCAUUGUCAUCACAGAGGUGCGUGCUGGUGGGUGGUCGCUGAGUUUUGUGUCGACUCUUAGGCUUUUUGUGGUGGGAAGGGUGAUAGUGGCGCAGAGGAGGGCGUGUGUGGAGGAGCUGGGAGGAGGGGAGCAGGGAGCAGAGGCAACCUGCUGGGGAUUGUCGUCACAGAGCAAGGUGGUGGAGGGGUUGCCAUACCAGACAAACAAGGCCGCACUGGUGGAGAAGAUGGCAGAACUUGUAAACAGCAAGGUGGUGGAGGGGUUACCCUACCAGACCAACAAAGCUGCCUUAGUCGAGAAGAUGGCGGAGCUGGUUAAUAGUAAGGUGGUGGAGGGGGUGAGUGACAUCCGCGACGAGAGCGACCGCGGGGGCAUGCGCGUGGUGGUGGAGGUGAAGCGAGGGGCGACGCCCAUGGCUGUGCUGGCUUCCCUGUACAAACACACUCAGCUGCAAUCCCGCUUCAACUGCAACCUGGUGGGGCUGGUCAAUGGAGAGCCCAAGGAGAUGACUCUCAGAGACUUUUUCCAGGUGUUUCUGGACUUCCGCUGCCAGGUCAUCGAGCGCCGAACCAAGUUCCAGCUUCGAAAGGCAGAGGACCGGGAGCACUACGUGCAGGGUCUGCUGAUCGGCCUGGGAAGCCUGGAUCGAAUGGUGGACAUCCUCAAGGCGGCUGCCACUCCCGCUGAUGCUGCUGCCACUCUCCAGCAAGCCCUCGGCCUAUCCCCCAUACAGGCUGAUGCUCUUCUGGGUACACCACUCCGGCGCCUCACGUCCCUUGAAGUAUCGAAGCUAGAGGAGGAGCACGCGCGUCUGAAGGCGGACAUAGCAGACCUGCAAGGUCUGCUUGCCAGCAGGAAGAGGAUUCUACAAACGGUCAAGAGAGAGGCUCAGGCGCUCAAGGACGAGUUUGGGGGGCCGAGGAGGACGAGGAUAGAGGUGGACGGCACUGCAGGGGAUUUGGAUCCGUCGGAUGUCAUUCCUAAUGACACUGUGCUGCUGAACCUGAGUGAGCGGGGGUACGUGAAGCGCAUGGCAGCAGACACGUUCUCAGCACAGAAGAGGGGCACGGCGGGCAAGUCGGGCGGCAAGCUCAAAGCAGAUGAUGCCAUGGCGCGGUUUGUGGUGUGCCGCACUCACGACACCGUGCUGUUUUUCAGUGACCGAGGAGUAGCCUACACCAUGAAGGGCUAUCAGAUCCCCGAGGGCUCCCGCACGGCCAUCGGCUCUCCCAUCUCCCAGAUCGUGCCUCUGCAGGACUCAGAGCGAAUCACAUCGAUGCUGCCAGUGGGGGACUUCUCAGAAGACGCGUAUCUCGUCAUGAUGACGCGAGGGGGCUUCAUCAAGCGCACUGCCCUGCAUGCCUUCAGCGACACACGCAAGAGCGGCCUGAUUGCCAUUCAGCUGGGCGACGGUGAUGAGCUGGCGUGGGUGCGGAGGGCGACAGCCGGCGACUCCCUAUUGGUCGGCUCGCAGUUUGGCAACAUCGUUCGCUUUGCGUGCGACGACGACCAGUUGAGGCAGAGCGGGCGCACAGCGAGGGGAGUGAGGGCCAUGCGACUGAGGGAGGGGGACAUCGUCGCUGCCCUGGAGAUCGUGCCAUCUGUCGCCUCCGAGUCCAAGGACGGGGGCCCAUGGGUGGUGAUGGCCACUCGCAACGGGAUGGGCAAGCGUGUUCCCACCAACCAGUUUGCCAACCAGCGGAGGGGGGGUGUGGGAGUGAAGGGCAUCAAGGGUAGAGUGCGACUUCGAUGUAGUGCUGGGAUGGGCAAGCGAGUUCCCACGAACCAGUUUGCCAACCAUCGGAAGGGGGGCGUGGACGUGAAGGGCAUCAAGUUGGGCCAGGGGGAUGCACUUGUGGCGCUUUGCAGUCGUUGCCCUUUGGGCCAGGGGGAUGCACUUGUGGCGCUUUGCAGUCGUUGCCCUGUUGCUCUUUUGGGGUGCCUCACAGGAAACCUCACCUCAAUACCUACCCACGCCCCCCCCAUUUUCAUCCCUCUAACUGGGUGCAUCACGAGCAGUUGGGCCAGGGGGAUGCACUCGUGGCGCUGCGUCUGGUGGGGGAGGGCACUGCUGACAGAGAUGGUGAGAGGGUGGGGUGGGAGGAGCGGGGGAGGAGUUAUGGGGGGGGAGCGGAAGGAGAGGGGAGGAGGGGAUAAAUGGGAGUGGAAAGGAAGAGUUAAAUCUGGUGGCGCUGCGUCUGGUGGGGAGGCACUGCUGACAGAGGCGCCACUGGCAGAGCAAGCGAGGCAGCUUGUAUCGAGUAUGGGGAGUAAGUUACUAGUGGGCAGUGAGGGGGAAUCAUCAACUGGCUGGGAGUGCAAGACAUCCCAUCCCUCUCACUCCCUCAUCCCCUCAUCCCCCAUCCCUUCUUCCCCUCUCUGUGCGAUCUCAGCAGCCACUGAAUCUACAGCCGAGGCAGCUUGUAUGGAGUACGGAGAGCUAUUAGUGGGCAGUGACGGGGGAAUUAUCAACCGCUUGCGAGUGCGAGACAUCCCCAUCCUCUCCCGCACCACACGGGGCUGCCGCCUCAUGCGCAUCGCCUCUGGGGAUAGCCUGGCAUCGCUGUCGCUCGUGCCAGGUGCUGCUGAAGGAGAGUUGGAGGAGGAUGGGGUGCCGUUAGUAAUGCCUGAGGGAGGGGUGAGUGACGAGGAGAGUGAGGAGGAGAAGGUGGAGGGAGAGAGCAGGGUAAAGGCGAAGGUGGUGUAG